AAGACGAGUUAGUCUCGCUUGAUUAAUUGCAACAACAGGGUCACAAUGAGUUUCAAGAACAAAAUUGUGAUAGUGACUGGAGCCAGCUCGGGCAUUGGAGCCUCAGCGGCGAUAAUGUUCAGCAAAGAGGGCGCUCACGUUGUGAUGGUGGGCCGUAACGAGACCAAACUCUCCGCCGUGGCCGCGAAGUGUUCGUCGCCCCUCGUGAUUCGUGCAGAUGUCGCCAACGACGACGAUGCUCGUCGCAUCAUCAACGAAACCAUUAACAAAUUCGGUCAAAUCGAUGUCUUGGUCAACAAUGCUGGUAUGUCAAUAAAAAAUGACGGCAUCCUCGGCAACGAUAUGAUGACAGCUUACGACGCUAUCGUUAACGUCAACCUUCGAGCGAUUGUUCAUUUAACGGUCUUGGCUGCCCCAUAUCUGGUCAAAACUAAGGGGAAUAUAGUAAAUAUAUCGAGUGUCGCUGGAAUUAUGGCUCCUUUUUCUCCCGGUAUGUUAAAUUAUUGCGUCUCAAAAGCAGGUUUGAAUCAUUUCACCGUUUGUGCUGCGGUCGAGUUGAGCCCUCAUGGUGUUAGAGUGAACACGAUUAGUCCUGGACCGGUUCGAACUGAUAUAUUGGAGACAGUUAAAUCUCCUUUAACUUGGGACAGCUUUCUGCCGCUUACUCUUCUUAACAGAAUAUCUGAGCCGGAGGAAGUAGCUGAUUUAAUCUUAUACAUUGCAAGUGAUAGGGCUAAGUCUAUCACGGGGUCUAAUUACGUGACUGACAACGGUAUGCUAAUUAAAAGAACUUAAUAUAACGUGUA